AUGGUUGUUAGUCCGAAGCUGGGGAAGCUAAAGGUGGUGCGGCGGCAGCUGCUGCAGAGGUAUGAGCACCAGCCGUUUGUGUCGUGUCUGGCUGGUCUGUACGGCUGUCAAUGGAGACGCUACCAGAGGGCCAAGUCUCAGCCUGGGGAGUGCUGCUGCAGCAGGGUGGAGUGUGGGAGCGUGGUCCUUCUGGUCCUGACCUUCCUCCUCUCCUCUCUGUUCCUCUACUUCUGGAGCCAGGCUCACAAUGAUUACAAUGAUUUUGAUUGGUUUAACUUUGAGACUCUGGGAUUCUGGUUCCCCUGGUCUCUGGUGCUGCUGGUUGUUGCUGCUGUUCUGUUCACCUACAUCUCUCUGCUGCUGGUACUGGCAGUGUGUCUACUGUCUGAGGGACAGAGGUUGUACCUUCACUGGAGUCACAAGAUGGGGAUUGUGGUGACCCUGGCAUUCGCUGUCAGUGCCACGGCUGUUCUGUCUGAGGUGUGGAGUAAAGAGUGGAAGACCCUCCUCCUCUCCCUGCAGGUCACAGCCCCCUUUCUUCAUGUAGGCGGGGUUUUAUUUCUGACUCUCCUGUCCUGGCCAAUAGCGCUGCACUUUUUUCGCAUGAACAAGAGAGUGCAUCAGGUGUGUCUGUUGGGUGUGUACCUGGGUGUAUUGUUCAGUCUGUACCUGGUUCCUCUGGCCAUGUAUUCUCCCUGCAUCAGAGAAGCUGGAACCCUGGGACCCAAACCAACACUCCUCGGACACAGAGGAGCUCCCAUGCUUGCUCCAGAGAACACUCUAAUGUCCUUUGAGAGUGCAGUGGAGGCUGGAGUGGAUGGGCUGGAGACUGACAUCACUAUAAGUGCUGAUGGCGUUCCGUUUGUGAUGCAUGACCUCACCCUGCAGAGGACCACUAAUGUAGAGGAGGUGUUUCCUAACAGAACACACACACCUGCUGCCCUGUUCACCUGGUCUGAUGUACAGCAGCUCAACGCUGGGGCCUGGUUCCUCUCUUGGGAUCCUUUUGGCACGGUGUCCUCUCUGUCUCCAGAGCAGCGAGCGCUAGCUGCCAAUCAGACUGUUCCCUCCCUGGCUGAAGUUCUGGACGUAGCGAAUCGGACGGGCAGGACAGUGUUGUUUGACCUGAGACAGCCCCCUCCUGGACACCCUUAUAGAGACAACUACCUCAACAUCACCCUCGACCUCAUACACACACACAUCAACUCCAGCCAAGUGCUGUGGCUGCCAUCAGAUCAGAGAGGGGAGAUACAGCAGGUGGAUCCAGAGCUGCAACAGACAGCCGGACAGACUGCCUCUAUUCAGGAACUACAGGACAACCACAUCACUUCCCUCAACCUGCAUUACAGCACCAUGUCUCUACAACACAUCAGUAAGUACAGGUCGGCGAACAUCAGUGUGAACCUGUAUGUAGUGAACCAGCCGUGGCUCUACUCUCUGGCCUGGUGCAGUGGAGCAUCCUCUGUUACCACCAACAACAUGCUGCUGAGAGAUAUACACACACCGCUGCUCCUUGUGACUCCAGAGCAGUACAGUGUGAUGUGGGUUCUGACUGACCUGGUCUCUGCUGCUCUUAUCGUCUGCAUCUUCAUAUUCCACUGGUGGCGUGAGCGAGGCUUACACUUCUGGUCAGGCAGUCGGCAGACACACAAGACCGGGCCUUAUAGCAAGUUCCGGACCGAUCCUGUGGAGUCAGGGAGGGGUCGAUGGAAUCCCUUCCACUCAGAGUCUCCCACUAGAACCCUCAUCUCCCUCCCUCUGGACCUUAACCCAUGAACCACUCAACUCGCGAACCCUGCAUGAACCAAUGAACCUCCCAUGAACCCUCUGGUUCUCAACCCUUGAAACCUGCAUGAACCACUGAAUCUCCCAUGAACCAUUCCCAAACCCCAAACCAUUGGACCUCAACCCACACAUGAACCCUGCACCAACCGCUGACCUGAACCUCAACUACCCCACCCCUGACCUCUAACCCAUAUCCUUUGCCCGGCAGAGCUCAGCGACGUCUGGUCCAUCUCCAGUGGGAAUGUCCGAACGGAACUACGGACCCCCAGUACCCUCCACACCAUCACAGAGGAGUAACACACAGACACUCACACAGAGGCAUAUAAGUACACACACACACACACACACACACAGACACUCACCCAGUCACACACACACAAAGUGUGAACGCACAAGAAUAAGCAAAGGAAAACGGGGAGGAAAACAAGUGGAGGAACUGAAUGUGUAAAAAGAGGAAGAGGAUGAUGUAAUGUGAAAGAUGAGUCAGUAUUUUGAUCAUCCUGACUAAGACUGUUGUUCCUGUUUCCUCACCUGACCAGCUCAUUCACACUCAUUCUGGUGACCACUGGAACUACACAACUGAACUGCUCAAGUAUGAAGUAUACACUGAACAAAAAUAUAAAUGCAACAUGUAAAGUGUUGGUCCCAUGUUUCAUGAGCUGAAAUAAGAAAUCCCAGACAUUUUCCAUAUGCACAAAAAG